CGGAGAGCCGCCGCCCGCUCGCGAGCCGCAGCCGCCGGCGGCAUGAGGCGCGACCCGGCCCCCGGCUUUUCCAUGCUGCUCUUCGGCGUGUCGCUCGCUUGCUACUCGCCCAGCCUCAAGUCGGUGCAGGACCAGGCGUACAAGGCGCCGGUGGUGGUGGAGGGCAGGGUACAGGGGCUGGCUCCGGCCGGCGGCUCCAGCUCCAACAGCACCCGCGAGCCUCCCGCCUCGGGUCGGGUGGCGCUGGUGAAGGUGCUGGACAAGUGGCCGCUCCGGAGCGGGGGGCUGCAGCGCGAGCAGGUGAUCAGCGUGGGCUCCUGUGCGCCGCUCGAAAGGAACCAGCGCUACAUCUUUUUUCUGGAGCCCACGGAACAGCCCUUAGUCUUUAAGACGGCCUUUGCUCCCCUCAACACCAACGGCAAAAACCUCAAGAAAGAGGUGGGCAAGAUCCUGUGCACUGACUGCGCCACCCGGCCCAAGCUGAAGAAGAUGAAGAGCCAGACGGGACAGGUGGGUGAGAAGCAAUCGCUGAAGUGCGAGGCCGCAGCCGGUAACCCCCAGCCCUCCUAUCGUUGGUUCAAGGAUGGCAAGGAGCUCAACCGCAGUCGGGACAUUCGCAUCAAGUAUGGCAACGGCAGAAAGAACUCACGACUACAGUUCAACAAGGUGAAGGUGGAGGACGCUGGGGAGUACGUCUGCGAGGCCGAGAACAUCCUGGGGAAGGACACUGUCCGGGGCCGGCUUUACGUCAACAGCGUGAGCACCACUCUGUCAUCCUGGUCGGGGCAUGCCCGGAAGUGCAACGAGACAGCCAAGUCCUAUUGUGUCAAUGGAGGUGUCUGCUACUACAUCGAAGGCAUCAACCAGCUCUCCUGCAAGUGUCCUGUGGGAUACACCGGGGACAGGUGUCAGCAGUUCGCAAUGGUCAACUUCUCCAAACACCUUGGAUUUGAACUAAAGGAAGCCGAGGAGCUGUACCAGAAGAGGGUCCUGACUAUCACUGGCAUCUGCGUGGCCCUACUGGUGGUGGGCAUCGUCUGUGUGGUAGCCUACUGCAAGACCAAAAAACAGCGGAAGCAGAUGCACAACCACCUCCGGCAGAACAUGUGCCCAGCCCACCAGAACCGAAGCCUGGCCAACGGGCCCAGCCACCCGCGGCUGGACCCAGAGGAGAUCCAGAUGGCAGAUUAUAUCUCCAAGAAUGUGCCAGCCACAGACCAUGUCAUCAGGAGGGAAACUGAGACCACCUUCUCGGGGAGCCACUCCUGUUCUCCUUCUCACCAUUGUUCCACAGCCACACCUACGUCCAGCCACAGACACGAGAGCCACACGUGGAGCCUGGAACGUUCUGAGAGCCUGACCUCCGACUCCCAGUCAGGCAUCAUGCUGUCAUCAGUGGGCACCAGCAAAUGCAACAGCCCAGCGUGUGUAGAGGCCCGGGCACGGCGAGCGGCAGCCUACAACCUGGAGGAGCAGCGCAGGACCACCGUGCCGCCCUACCACGACUCCAUAGACUCCUUGCGUGACUCUCCACACAGCGAGAGGUGCCCGGCGGCCGACAGCAGGACUUACUACUCCCUGGACAGCCACAGCACGCGGGCCAGCAGCAGACACAGCCGCGCGCCGCCCGCGCGGGCCCCGCAGGACUCGGCGCCGCUCUAG